CGUUUUCUGCUCUACCGGAAACCAGCACAAAGGAAAAUGACGCGUUAUCCAAUCCCGGUCCCGUAUUUUCAAAUUUCGCAAGCGUAAUCAUAACGUGAAACCCGCAUCCUCCGUUUUAGCCAGUUUUAACUGCUUCGGCGUUUAUCUCGCGGGAUGUUUAUUGCGAUUUUCGCUGUAAAUACCUCAAAGAAGUUUAAUAUUUCUUGUUUUUAAGAUAUAAAGAAGAAAUUUUUGCAUUAACAAGCUUUAAUGCAAAUAUAAAACUCAAAAACGCAGAGCUUAAUGUUGUUGAGAACUUACGAAAAUAUCGUACAAUCAUGCAAGAAAGCGAGCCGACGACUUUGGCUAUGGAUAUCGUAAAGGUAUCCAAUGUGCAAUCGACAAAUGUUAAAGAAAUGGUGGAGGAAGAAGAAAUCAGCUCGGUCAUUGCAAUUGCUAUAUCCGAACAGUACAGAUUGGAAUCUGUAGAUAUACAAGGGCGAUCGACGACCAUCAGCUGCAUCGAUUCUGAUGACAGUGACGAUUGGAUAAGGACAAAGUCGCCUUUGCAUUCAUCCGGUAAUGACGAUAACGAAAAUCAAAAGCUGAAGCUUUAUCGCAAACGGAAAGGAAAAACUGUGGCCGGUGUUGAAAGCAAAUCAAGCUUAUCGAAUGGUAAGAAGAAGUCGGUGACCUUUUCCGAUGACAUAAGUAUUUUAUCAAAUUCUCCAAAGAACUCGAUAUCUUCUGCUGAGUCCGUUAAGGUAGAGAGUGCCCCAAAAAAUAUACCAACUGAGAACUCGCAAUCUUUAUCAGCUUUUACAAAUCCUUUUAACCCGGUUAAAAAUCUGACAGCUGUUAAAUCAGUUGAGAAUUCUCAGUUAAUACCUAAAACGGAGUUAAAUAUUGUCGACAAAUACGGGAGAAUCGAUGGAUACACCGAACGGCAUCUUUUUAUGGGAAAGGGAGGAAGGAUGAAGGAGCUGGAGUUUAUCCAGCAACACGGAAUGGCAACCAAUGCAGGAGCGACAAUAAUAAAAUCGCCAGAAAAUUUAGCUUUAAAGAGAGACGUGGUGAAUUUAACAAAGAUUGCAGAAGUGGAGUCUAAUUUUGAAGAUGCCUCACUGGCGAUAAAAAAAUCUCCAUGCAACAAAAUUGAGAAUUCAAAAGAUAGAAAUAUUUCUCCUCAAGGUAAAUUAGUACGAUCCAUCAAUAGUCAUCUUACGACAAGUAUGGCCCCUAAAGCUCAAGAGAGUUGUGCAAAUCUUAACUCGUUCUAUCCGACAAAGGAUGCUUCAAAAUUUGAAAAAGAAACGUUUGAAAAGAACGUUUCAAAGGAUAACUCGAAAACUUCAAAAUCGAAUAAGGGGAAACUCUUCGCAUUGGCUAUAAAUAGCAUUACAACCGAUGCGAAGAAAACAGUGAACGAAGAAUCGGUCAAUGUCAGUGGAUCUAAAAACAUGGAAGUAUCGAGAUCCCAGUGCACCACAAAUGAAGAAUCAAAUAAUAUGAACAUUCGAAACACUGAGGGAAAAGGAUUGCCUAAAAGAGAAAAUUAUAGAAGCACCAAAAAUGAUGAAAAGUUUUCAUCAAAUGAAAAUGGAUCUCAUUCGAGUCGCAAGGAUCUUUUAAAAAAUUCGCAGGACGAAUUUAUCAAGAAUGUAGUACCUGAAUCCAAGAACCUUUGGGAUAAAAGUGAAGUUAAUGUAGCCAACUUUAAAGAUUCUAAUUUAAGAGACUCUAAUUUCCAAUUCAAUGGAAAUAACGUAGUUAAUGAUACUAAUGAUAACUCAGUCCAAAACUUAUUGGUUAUCGAUUCCGAAGAUUCCGAUGAGUCGAGUAGUGUUAACCUGUUGCGGACAGUUCGUGACUGCAUGAGCGAAGUGAAUUUGCUCGAUACCGAAGACACUUUGUAUGAUUUAGAGCCCGAAAACAAUUUAGAAUAUCAAACUCUUCGAUAUCUGAGAAGACCCAGUUAUGCUAAUAUUGGCACUCUGCAGCAAAAUCCAGCAUUAUCAACGAAUAUUAAUAAUUUACCUCUUCCAUACAAUGCUACGAAUAAACAGAUGCUUAACUGCGACCAGCAACUUGCUCAACAGUUCAAAAAUCCCAUUCUAAACGAUACAAACCAAGGUGCUUCAGUUUUACAUCCAGUGGAGUCGUUAAAUGACAUGAACAGUUUUCCUUAUUUAUAUGCUUUGGAAAUUGAGAAAAUGAAAAAUAAAAAGCUCUCACAGUGUCAAAGACGCCCCAGUUAUGCGAAUAUUGUUACUCCAAUGAAGAACUCAUGGACUGCUUCGGAUGACUCGUUUCAACCUUAUGAUCCGAAGCCAAUGAACACAAAUCCAGAAUUCCAGCCAAUGGCUGGACAAUCGAAUUUAAUCCCUGAUAACAUGCCGGAAAACCUGCAGAAUAUUUUCCUACAUUACUUAAAUGCUUCGUUAUGUCAGAAUCAGAACAAACAAGUGCCCUAUUCGUGUCCACAUCCACCGAUACCAGUUUACAGUGAACUUCAACCUAAUAUUUAUAAACAACGCGAAGUUGGCCAUUAUCCACCACCUGAGAAACUGAGAGUUUAUCCAGAAAACUCUCAUCCGAUCCAGAGCGCCAAUUUUGCUCAGAAUAUUUGUGCAAUUAUCCUGGCCGUCCUAUUUACAGCUCUGCACACAGAACUGGGAAAAAUCAAGCACCGUUCUCAGAAAAAUCUUGCUUCGAAGCGUUCCAUGAGAACCACCGUUCCAAUGAUGCCAUAA